AUGGUCAAAAUCGAACCGUUUGCGGUGGAGCAAUGGAUGGACGAGUAUGAGAACACGGAGGGCGUCCUCAACAUAGCCGAGACCUGUGCUGCCUCAGUUUCUGUCGAGGACCUUCAGGCACUCUCGACUGAGCAGGCCGGUGUCAGCCCUCUGAACCUGUCCAAGAAACUCACCUACGGCGCGAUUCGGGGGUCAGAUAUUCUCCGAGAGCGGGUGGCUGCUAUAUACGCAAAGGAGGACGCAUCUACGCCUCUCUCCGCCAGCAGCAUCUUGAUCACACAGGGAGCCAUCGUCGCAAAUUUCCUACUAUUUUACACCCUGAUCGGGCCUCAGGACCAUGUCAUCUGUGUAUACCCUACGUACCAACAACUCUAUGGCGUGCCACAGAGUCUAGGUGCCGAGGUGUCACUAUGGAAGCUAAAGAAGGAAGACGGUUACAUCCCUGAUGCUAGCGAGCUGGACUCACUUGUGAGAAGCAACACGAAAAUGAUCAUUAUCAACAACCCGAACAACCCGAGCGGCUCCACCAUUCCCAAGGCCGUACUGGGUUCCAUUGUCGAGUUUGCAAAGGCUCACGACAUCAUCGUUCUAUGCGACGAGGUGUAUCGUCCCUUGUUCCACAGCCUACCCGACGGGGCUGACAAGCCACCUUCGAUCCUCUCGUUUGGCUACGAGAAGACCAUCUCGACCAGCUCCAUGUCCAAGGCCUGGGCACUGGCAGGUAUCCGCCUCGGUUGGAUCGCAUCGAGGGAUAAGAGCAUCAUCGAGGCCGUGGCGCAGGCACGAGACUAUACCACCAUCUCGGUGUCCUAUCUGGACGACCAGAUUGCCAGUUAUGCAUUGUCGGAUGCCGUCAGGCCGAACCUAAUCGAGCGCAACCUGAAGAUGGCGAGGGCGAACCUCGAGCUGUUGGACAAGUUCGUACAGGAACACAAAGAUGUAUGUACUUGGAUCAAGCCGACAGCUGGCACCACGGCCUUCAUCCAAUUUAUAAACAAGGGGGAGCCGGUGGAUGACGAAGCAUUCUCUCUGGACGUGCUCGAAAAGACAAAGGCCAUGUUCCUACCAGGCGCGAAGUGCUUCGGCCACGGCAAGGACUUCAAGGGCUACGUCCGCAUCGGAUAUGUGAACGAGACGGCAGUGCUGAAGAAGGCGUUGGUUAGGCUUGGGGCCUACGUGAACGAAUGCCUGUCGCCUUAA